AUGGCAGGCCAUGGGAACAAGAUUCCCUUAUCGACUCAAAGGGGGGGAAUGGUUAUUAGGUUAGAGAGCGCUCCAAGAAAGGGUGCAGCUGCCAAGCGCACUCUGAGAGUCUUGGCAUUUUUACCGUGGUGCUCGAGACCUCAUGGGGAGUCGAAGUUGUGUAUAUCGAAUAACUCGGUCGGGAGAGUUUUGGCGGAGGGAUUCUGCCAGAGCGGGGACUUAGUCGUUUUCAUGGCGUCUCUUCGCUCCGCAAUGAGUACCGCUACGCACCACCACCACGUACUGCCCACACAAAAUCCUCAGCCCACUGAACACCGCCACUGUAAACUGCCCUCAACGAAGGUGCUGCAAAGUUUGAGAAUUGGAUCUGAUCCUGUUAAAUGA